AGCAAGAACAGAGCAGAGUAGCAAAAAUGAGCCAGCUUUCUGUUGGAGUUGUCGCCUCGGACGGGUCAGAAUUGAUAGCAUUCAGCGAAGAAGAAGAAGCUCUUGUGUUGAAAUCAUGGAACGCAAUGAAGAAGGAUGUAGCUACGCUUGGUCUCAACUUCUUCUUAAGGAUAUUUGAGAUUGCACCCUCAGCUGCAAAGCUCUUCUCCUUCCUGCGCGACUCACAAAUUCCAUUAGAGAAGAACCCCAAGCUCAAAGUCCAUGCAAUGUCUGUCUUCAUCAUGACAUGUGAAGCAGCAGCACAGCUCAGAACUACUGGGAAGGUUACAGUGAGGGAAACAACAUUGAAGAAGAUUGGUACCAAACACGUCAAAUAUGGUGUACUUGAUGAACAUUUCGAGGUUACAAGAUUUGCAUUGCUGGAGACAAUAAAAGAGGCCGUUCCUGAUAUGUGGAGCGCAGAGAUGAAGACUGCAUGGACUGUAGCUUAUAAUCACUUAGUUGCAGCUAUAAAGGAGGAGAUGAACUCCCUUCCUUGAGAGCUUAAUUGGUUUCUGAAUUCUGUCA